AUGGCAGCGACUGAGCCGGCUGUGUUGCUGUCGUCGCCAUCCUCUUUGCAAGCUGGCCCGGCCCCAGCCCCAGCCCCAGAGGCAGCGGGGACAGCUGCAGCUGCGGCUGUCAACGAGUCAGCGAAGGCUGCAGCCGCGCCGGCCAGCUCGGGAGCCGAAACCGGGGUCUCCAAAGCCGCGAUGGCCUCUAAGUUGUUGUCUCUGAGCGGCGUGUUCGCGGUGCACAAGCCCAAAGGGCCCACUUCAGCCGAGCUGCUGAAUCGGUUAAAGGAGAAGCUGCUGGCAGAAGCUGGAAUGCCAUCUCGAGAAUGGACUAAACGGAAAAAGCAGACAUUGAAAAUUGGCCAUGGUGGGACUCUAGACAGUGCAGCCCGAGGAGUGCUGGUGGUUGGAGUUGGAAGGGGAACAAAAAUGUUGAGCAGUAUGUUGUCAGGGUCCAAGAGGUAUAUUGCUGUGGGAGAACUGGGGAAAGCUACAGACACACUGGAUUCUACUGGUAAAGUGACAGAAGAAAAGCCUUAUGAUAACAUCACACAAGAAGAUAUUGAGGGCAUUCUGCAGAAAUUUACAGGAACUAUCAUGCAAGUCCCACCUCUCUAUUCUGCAUUAAAGAAAGAUGGACAAAGACUGUCAACUUUGAUGAAGAGAGGACAGAUGGUGGAAGCAAAGCCAGCCAGGCCUGUCACAGUCUAUAGUCUUUCCCUUCAGAACUUCCAGCCACCCUUUUUUACAUUGGAUGUUGAGUGUGGAGGCGGUUUUUAUAUCAGAAGUUUGGUCAGUGACAUUGGCAGAGAGCUUUCUUCCUGUGCCAAUGUGCUAGAGCUGACCCGGACAAAACAGGGCCCGUUUACCCUAGAGGAGCACGCCCUUCCCGAAGACAAAUGGACCAUCGACGACAUUGCCCAGUCCCUGAAACACUGCUCAACUCUUCUUCCAGCAGAGCUGGCACUUAAAAAAUCAAGACCAGAGGAGUCUGGAGAGCAGGUUUUGAGCUGUGAAUCCAUAACUCUAAAUAAGAUCAAGGAAGAGGAUGAUAUAAUUAAGACAUAAGUUUGGCUUGAGAUUCCAUCUCUUCUGUAGUUGACAUUUGAAUCUUGCGUGCAAAAUGACAAAGCUAUGUCGUGCAAAAGACAGACGGGUUAUUUUUAUUUUUUGCAUGAAGAAAAAUGCACAUUGUUUACAAUUUCUGUAUUGUACAGUAUAUAAUCUGCUGUGCAUUAUGAAUAGCCUUAGAGUUGUUUGUUUUUUUGCUGUACAAUGAAAUAGUCCCUUUUGGUAGUAAUUAUGCUGUUAGACUCAAUUCAGGAAAGUCGACUUUCUGAUUUGGAUUCUCUUCAAAGUCUUUUCCUGUGAAAGAAUUGAACACGUUUUUCAAUCAAAGAGAAAAAAUAAACUACAUAUUUCUUUGGUGUCAUAAAAAUGAAU